AUGUCAAUCAUAAAACGAUUUAUUGAAGAACUAUACAGCUUACUAAGAAAUUUAAAAUUAACACAUAACAUAGCUACUGAUAUAAAAAUCAGUUUUUCGAUUUCAUCACUGAAUGAAUCAGAUUUUAUUAAGAAUUUGAAAUCUCAUGUUAACAAGCAGUCUUUUUUAGAUCAGCUUAAAGCAUUCAACGAAAAGCCAAAUAUAUUAGCUGCUGUCAUCUCAUGUGUCGAUUCACGUGUUUUAACAUCAAAACUUUUAUGCUCAAAUGUUGGUGAAUUAUUUAUCGAAAGAAAUCCAGGAAAUUUCAUUUGUUGUGAAAAUUCUUCACUGGAACAUUUUAAUAAAAAUUGUGUUACACCAGGAUUUUUAGAGUUGACUUAA